CUAUUUUAUUACUAUCCACAAAGGUAAACAGACGGACUAGAAAUGGCGGCUCUGAACGGCAAAUGGAAGCUAACAAACGUCGACAACUUUGCUGCUUACCUCGAUGCUAUAGGUGUAUCGGGCGAGGAUAAAGCGAAAGGGCUACAUGGCCUGUCUGCUGACAAAGACAUCUUCCAAGAAAUUACCAUCGAUGGCAACUCAAUAACUAUCAAUACCAUUACACCCAUCGGAAGUGCCGAGACCAAAGCGACUGUCGGCCAAGAGGCAGAUCAAAAAUCUAUGGAUGGACGCGAUCUCAAGGUGACAUACACUAUUGACGGAGACAAAUUGGUGGAGAGUCAGUCUGGAGCCUACACGUCCAACAACGUCCGGUCAGUGUCGGGAUCAGAAAUGACCAUGGAAAUGACCUCUGGGGGCGUGACCACAACCCGGAAGUACAACAAACAGUGACACUGCAUUGUAAAAACGAAACAGUUUGACGCAUCGGCAUCAAUCACUUAAUGUGUUGUUUUGUGUUUAAAAUGGGUUUUAUUUUCCUUGUCAUUAUUGAUUGUUUUUUUCAAGCUGAAAAAAGUUUGAUAAUGUAGCAUGGCAUUUAAUCUUUGGUAACGCUUAUAUUCAAAAGCUGAAUGGAAGAUAACGUAAAUUGCUUAUUAAAAGAUGUUGAUGUUUCAUAAAGUGUAAUUAAACAAGUCAGUCUUCAUAUGGAAAAUCAGCAUAAUAAUGUAGAAAUAUUCACGUGAAAUAUUGACAUGAGUUGAUUACAUUCGUGUGUUGUGUGUGCGUGCUCGCUUGCUUAGAUUUAUGAUAGGACUAUGGCGAAAUGUGUUUGAAACGUCGUUCAUGAGAAAUGAAAUGAAUAGUCAAACUAGACAUUUAACUGGAUCUUAAAACAUGGUAACAUACAUCUGUGUAUCAAAGAUACAUGAAAUAUUGCAAUUUUGAAAACAAUUAAGAAAGUCGACAUGUA